GAGUUUUAUUGCCGAUAUAAACACGAUCCGAUAUAUUGAUGAUGAUGGUUUUUUUCCCAAAAAAUUACGUGAACCCAAAUACGCCUAUAAAAUGAAACAGAUUUGGUUUAUACUUUGUUUAGGAACCAUAUUGGUAAAUGGACAAAAAGUGAACAGGUCAUGUGAAUGUGGCGUAGCUGGCAGCAACAGGCGUAUAGUAGGUGGUACUACAGUACAGCCGCAUCAGUAUCCAUGGCUCGUAUCUCUGAUGUUGGGUCCAAAACUGCAUUGUGGAGGGGCCAUUAUAACCGACAUUCAUAUUCUCACUGCUGGCCAUUGUAUCACGUUUGGAGUUCACUAUCGAGACUUAACAGUAAACGUAGGGAUGCAUGAUAGAUUGGAUACAUCAUUUCAAGUUCUUAGAGUGACAAAUGGUGUUAAGCAUCCUGAGUUCACUUCAAACGCAGUAAGGGACAUCAACGAUAUAGCAAUUCUGACGUUAAAUAAAAAGCUCCAUUUUUCUGAUAAAGUGCAUCCCAUAUGCUUACCUACUGCAGAUAUGGAUUUUAAAAACUUUGCCCUAACUGUGGCUGGUUGGGGAAAGACACGCCAAGGUGCUAUGACGUCAUCGAGAUAUUUACUUGAAACUAAAGUGAAGAUGGUUGAUGGUGAAAAGUGUCGGAAAUCAGCGAUAUAUAGAGAUAAUCUUGUCACCGACACAAUGAUGUGUGCCUACAGCCUGGGCAAGGAUGCUUGCCAAGGCGAUAGCGGAGGUCCCCUGUUUGCUACACAUUCACGAACGACCAACAGAAAGUGGUACCAAGUCGGUAUUGUAUCUUGGGGUAUUGACUGUGCAAUGCCGGAUUAUCCAGAAUGUGGCAGACCUGCAGAGUCCAUCGCAGCAGUGAGGAUAGUAGGGGGUAGAAGAGCGGAACCACAUUCAUUCCCUUGGACAGUCGCUAUUCUUAAAAACAAUCGAAUGCACUGUGGUGGUGCAAUCAUUACAAAUAAACAUGUACUUAGUGCGGGCCAUUGUUUUAAAUGGGAUAAUUUCACUAAUAUGGAAACGUUAAUUGGGUUAGACACUUUUGACGAUUUGAGCAACGUUGCAAGAAGACGAAUAACAAAUGUGGUCAUUCAUGAAGACUUUACAACGACGCCUGUUCGGGACGAAAAUGACAUUGCAAUAGCGACGUUGAACGAGCCCGUAAAGUUCAGUGAAAUCAUUGUACCCAUAUGCUUGCCUGUAAAAAAACAAGACUUCACGGGUUUAUCUGGCACAAUAGUGGGGUGGGGCCGAGUGGGUGUGGAGGCGUCAUCUUCAAAAGUUCUCUUGAAAGCUAGUUUACGACUUCUAUCGGACGAGGAAUGCAUGAAUUCUAAUUUAAAGGAGCAUUUGAAACCAACAAUGAUGUGCGCCUUCUCGAAAGGAAAGGACGGGUGUCAGGGCGACAGUGGCGGUCCACUAUUAGUGUUCGAGCCAGUCGGAAAAUAUGUUCAAGCAGGCAUCGUUUCGUGGGGAAUUGGAUGUGCAGACCCUAGAUAUCCAGGCGUUUACACCAAAGUCAGUCACUAUAUUGACUGGAUUCAAAAACAUUCGGAAGGCGGGUUAACAUGCGAUAACAAUUAAUAGACUAAUAAUAAAGUUUGUUAG